AUGGCCGCUCCCGACUACUUUGCGCGCAAGCCGUCGUACAAUCGCUCUCGCUCAGGCCUGGGUGCUCCUGGAGCCACUACCCCAGCUUCACCGCACACUCCACUGUUGACCCGCUCCCUCUCGAGCCAACUCACCUCGCCUGGUGCUUCUUAUCGUGCUGAGGAAGACACUCUGGUCUACGAACUUGGCUCUCGAUCAUUUCGUGCUGGAUUCGCUGGCGACUCCGCUCCGAGAUGCAUCAUCCCUUUUGGCCCUGACCAACUAAGGCGCCUCAACGACUUUACCACCACAUCCACCACACAGCGCUCUGAGAAUGAUUGGGCAAAAGAUUGGGAACUAUGGGAUUUGGAUAUUCGGGAUAUGAAUCUCGGUCUGAUCGAGGACAAGAUCGAACGUGCUAUCCGAAAUGCCCACACCAAUUACCUCAUGCUGGAUCAACGGCCUCGGAAGGUCUUUCUUGUCCUUCCCUCAGCCUUGCCUCAUCCGCUCGUUUCUCUCACUCUGAAUGUCGUCUUCAAUGCCUUUCAACCUGCCACUGUUCAAUUAUGGACACCGCCUCUACUGUGUGCUGUCUCGGCCGGUUUGCGCUCUGCCUUGAUCGUUGAUAUCGGAUGGCACGAAACCACGAUUACCGCUCUCUAUGAGUAUCGCGAGGUCCUCCACAGAAGGUCAUCUCGCGCAGGUAAACUGCUUACUCGAAACAUGGCCGACACUCUCCGCAAGCGCAUUCCUACUUCGGAUCCUCUCUCUUUUGAUACUGCUGAAGAUGUGGUAACGCGUAUGGCAUGGUGUCGCAGCUCACACGAUCAGCAAUUUGGUAACAAUGUGGCUCUUCCCCUUGGCGCCUCAUCAGCGCAAGUCCCAUUCGAUCGUCUGGCGGACCCAGCUGAGGAAACCUUCUUCUCAACACCUGUUCCACUCGAGCAGAUCGACGAUCAUGAUCUUCCGAUACAUCUUCUGGCAUACAAGUGCUUGCUAUCGCUUCCACUAGACGUCCGGGCUAUCUGUGUGUCGCGCAUCCUCAUUACUGGUGGUGUGAGCGAGAUACCGGGCUUGAAAUCUCGUCUAUUACGAGAAAUUGAAAACAUAGUCAACGCUAAAGGGUGGGACCCGGUCAUGAACUAUGGCUCUGCUACAGAGAAGAGACAAAAAUCAGCACAGCAGCAGACAAUGACGCUACCAACGAGAACCAAGCAACCUGAUGCCAAUGGCGAAGUCGCGGCUCCUGCCGAUGAACAGCCCCUAGCUCGCAAUGCGCCGCAAGAACGCGAUGAGGUCGCCGAAAAGCUACAGCGUGAAGUGCAGAAGCGCGGCGUCACAAUACAAGGCGAGGUGCGAGGAGUUCAGACAUUGGGUGCUUGGGCAGGAGCUUCGCUGGUUGCUAGUCUCAAGGUGGAUGCUGCGUUCGAAGUGAAGAGGGACGACUUUUUCAAGAACGGUCUCGGUUCGUUGGGUCACGCUUUCUAG